AUGGCUUUGGCCACCCAGAGUCCAGCCAACAGUGCUUCGUACUCUGCUUCAUUGUUAGAUGCUGCGAAGGCAAACCGGAGAGCAUAUUGUAUUCGAAAUCCUUUGGGACUGUGUGAGAUUGCUCAUGCAAAAUCCUACGUGGUUGGAGAUAUGAAAGGUUGGACUUUUUUUGUUGACUCUUGGCCUAAAGGAAAGAGGUUCAGGGCUGGCGAUGUACUUGUUUUCAAGUACCUUCCAACGGCUCACAAUGUUGUGAAGGUGAAUCACUUGGGCUACCGGACUUGCACAGUUCCUAGAGGAUCCUAUAUUACAAGAACGGGAAAUGAUCAUAUCAGAUUAGUGAAGGGAAAUAACUACUUCAUUUGCAACUUGCCUGGGCAUUGUGUGAAUGCAAUGAGGAUUGCAGUUUAUGCAAGUUAAUUAAUUUU